AUGCUGACACUCAAAGUUUUCAAGGAAGACGACAAACCAUUCAGCGUUCCGAUUGCAGAAGAUAGCUUCGAUACAUAUCACUUAGACCCGCCUCCGUACUUAGUGGAAACCACCAAGAGGGAACUUAAACAGUUAUACCGUGACAUGUCAUUGAUAAGACGUAUGGAGUUAGCUGCAGACGGUCUAUAUAAAGACAGGAAAAUCCGCGGUUUCUGCCAUCUAUCGACUGGACAAGAAGCAGUGGCUGUCGGUAUCGAGCAUGCGCUUACUAAACACGACAAGCUCAUAACCGCCUACCGCUCCCAUGGGUUUACCUUAAUGCGCGGAGGAACCGUCAAGUCUAUCAUUGGCGAGCUGCUUGGGCGAAGAGACGGUAUCUCCUAUGGCAAGGGUGGUUCGAUGCACAUGUUUUGCGAGAGCUUCUUUGGAGGAAAUGGGAUUGUUGGAGCCAGUGUACCACUAGGUACUGGAAUUGCCUUCGCUCAACAAUAUAAUGAUGCGAAUAACGUCACAAUCAACCUCUAUGGUGAUGGGGCAGCUAAUCAGGGCCAAGUUUUUGAAUCUUUCAAUAUGGCAAAGCUGUGGAAUCUACCUGUGAUAUUUGGUUGCGAGAACAAUAAAUACGGUAUGGGAACAUCUGUCGAAAGAGCAUCUGCAAUGACCGAAUACUACAAGCGUGGCCAAUUUAUACCAGGUUUGCGAAUUAAUGGGAUGGAUGUCCUUGCUGUUCUUUCCGCAGUCAGAUAUGGAAAGAAGUUCGCCCAAGCAGGAAAUGGACCCUUGGUCUACGAAUACCUCACAUACCGCUAUGCGGGCCACUCAAUGUCAGACCCAGGGAUUGCAUAUCGAAGCCGAGAGGAGCUGAAGGAGCAGCGUGCGAAUGAUCCGAUCUCUAGCCUGAAACAGAGGUUGAUUGAGUGGGGCGUAUUCUCGGAAGAGGAUGCGAAAUCGAUUGAUAAGGAAGUGCGAAGCAAGGUCAAUGAUGAAGUAGCUGAGGCCGAAAAGAUGCCGGAGCCAGAUACCAAACCCGAUAUCUUGUUUGAGGAUAUAUAUGUUCGUGGUAGCGAACCACGGCAACGGCGAGGAAGGACCAUUGAUGAAACCUUUUAUCUAGGUUAG